UGUGACGAGGUGGGGUUUGGCUGCUGUUGGCGUUGGUACUGCUGGGUCGGUGUGUGUGUGUGUCGAUCUUUACCCCGGGGACAGCCAGCCUCAUCCUGUCGGUUUAUAUGUUGGCCUACAAACCUCUGCAAGCUGGAGAGCAAACACGGGCAGCUCGAUGUUCAGUAUAAGGCGGCGACGCCGCAGAAGAAGAUGAAGAAGCGGAAGGAGCUGAACGCCCUGAUCGGUCUCACCGGCGAUGGCAAGAAGAAGAAGUCGAAGAAAGGCUCCGGGCACCAGCUGCUGCUGCGGACCGAGGCCACGGCCUCCGACUCCGAAUCCACCUCCGAGUUUGACGAGUUCGCGCAGCCGGCUUCCGGCUCCCUGUUUACAAAGGGAGGCUACAUAAGAUGUUGCAAAAUUUGUUAUCCACUAUGUGCAUUUGUUAUGCUUGCUGCUUGCGUAGUGGCAUGUGUUGGUUUGGUCUGGAUGCAAGUUGCCCUCAAAGAAGAUCUGGAUGCACUGAAGGAAAAGUUCAGAACUUUGGAAUCUAGUCAAAAGACUUCGUUUAGUGACAUUCCAAAGCUAAAUGAAGAUCUCCUUGCAGUCCAAAAAGAUCUUGCCAACUUAGACACUGGAGACAGAGGGAUUAGCAAAAUAUGGACCAACAUCACAGAGCUGAAUAAGCAAAUUAGCCAACUGAAUUUAGCUGUUGCCCAUCUGAAAGCCAAUGUUAAAUCAGCAUCUGACUUGAUCAACCUUCCAGUCACUGUGGAACAACUCCAGAAGAGUGUCGCAACAAUUGGAAGCACACUCACCAGUGUCCAACAUGAUGUUGAUACAAUACAGACUGCCUUUGAGGAUCAAAAAAAGGUAGUGGAGACUCUUCAGCAAAAUAAGGAUAUCUUAGAUCUGCAUGAAGAAGUAGAUGAGGUGAAUGCCACCCUCCUAUUUUACCAUGCACACAAUGAUGAAAAGCUGCAUCACAUAGAUUUUGAAGUUGGUAAUCUCAGCCAGAGAGUUACGCUACUGGAAAAAAAAUUACUAAUUACUAGUAAUGUGACUAAAAUUGAGAAUGUAAAUGGCACCAUAGUGGCUCAGAUGAAUAACUCUCAAGAGAUAGUGGAUUCAGAUCACCAGAUUACUGUCAAAGUACAGAAACCUUCAGGAUUAAACAAUCAUAGCAGUCAAGUGUCAAACCUGAGGGAGAGAUUGAAGGUUAUGGUGAAUGCCCUGACGAGCAAACCAGAAAAUGUAGGUGAUACAAAUGCAAUCAGUGGUCAAGGUAAUACAAGUUCAGUUACCACAAUGAAGCCUGUAUUGUCUUCCACGCUUCCAGUAAAAGCAGGACCUAAAAAAAACAGUAAAAGGAAUGUCAAAUUAAAACACCUUUCUUCACCUGGAAUUAGCAAUUUGAAAGCUCUACAAGAUCUCUUCCUUAAAUCUAAUGAUGGCCAACUCUCUUAUCAAGAUCUCUACAAUUUAUUUGGGAUCCAAACCCCUAAACCUGAAGAACUUCAGCAGUUUGAUUCGAAUAAAGAUGGAAGAUUUUCUCAAACAGAACUGAUUAAUGCAUUUACUCCAUAAGGGGACAAGGGUCAGAAGAUAUCAAAUCUAUUUGGACUGAUGGAGUUUUUUUUAAAACUGAAGUACUGACUUCUAAUUGCGACAAUUGCACCUUUUAAACAGUAUUUCACUAUUGUGCAAAAUUUCCUUAUAUCCCAAUAGACUAGAAAUUCCUAACAUUUUAGCUUUGGGCUUUCCCCACUUUUUUUAAUGAAUCAUUCUACAAUAUCCUACUUGAGUAAGUAAUGAAACAUCAAAGUGAAGUAGCUAAUCAAACUCAUUGGAAGUUCAUAAACUAGUAGAGUACAGGUUUUCAUUAAUUUGAUCAAGACAAAAGUGAAUUUGUUUUUGUGAUUUGAGCCUUUAAUCGGUGCUGAAGGAAGGAGAUGAAAGAUGUUUGCUUUGUGAACUCAAAUUUCAUGUAUAUGGUAUCACCUCUGUCCCGUCAACACAUUAAUCUAGAAGUUUCAGAAACUUUCAUUAUUCUCGGUGGAGAAUGCAAAACCAUUUUAAUCACCCUUGACAAACUUUUAGUGUGUACAUCUGACUAGUUGAAGGCAAAUGUUGGAGAGAUUUAUGACUACUGUUAUUUUAGGAUUGCCCUUUGCUAAACUCUUGCAGGACAUGAUCAGCUCUGAAUUUGUGAGGUUCAACAACUUGGGUACUGUAUAUAUAAUGCAGUAAAUAGAGCCACUUUUGUGCAGGUAAAUAACACUGCUUUCAUGUUGCUUCUGUGCUGUGUUCAUGCUAGUGGAUCCCACUGUGUGGAAUGUAAACAGCUGACAUCAAUCACCAAAGUAAGUUUGAUUUUACUAAUGCUGGCUACCACAAAGACCCACUUCUUUAAAAGAAUGCUAGACAAAAUUCCAUCGAUGUAGGCGUGCUGCACUGGCAUGAUUCAAAGAGAACAGGAUUUUAAGAUUUUUUUUCUGUCGAGCAUAUUGCAAAUUUUGUUCUUUUGGUGUCAUGUAAACUAUUCCUUCAUUUAUUUAAGAACUGAGUUUCCCUUCAGAUCUAUCACUCAGUCAUUUUAGUUCACUCUGAAAAAGAGUUUGUGUAUUGACCUUUUAAGCAACUGGAGCAGACAGUGUCAUAGGUUGUUGAGUGCAAAACUAACCUGCAAGUUUAAUUGUUUACAGCACUGUAGUUUUCUUAAGAUCAGUACUUAAAAUGUGGAACCGUAUAAUGUUGAUUUUUUUUUUACUUGAAUAAUUUUGACAUUUUGUUUCCGAAUAGUGGCAUAAAAUAAUUGCGUAAUAUACCUAUAAAAGCAGUUUGCUGCCGAGGUAUUUCUAAUAUGUGAAGCUUAAAUAAAUAAGCAUUAAAAGCAGCAUCCAUAUCUCUUGCACAUGCUUGGCAAUAAUACUGGGCUCGGAUUGAGAGUCUAUCUGGUAUUGACUUUGGAUUCCAGUACAUCAUAAUAUUCUGAAUGAUCUGCCCAAAUUCUGUGAAUCCCACAGGGUCAGAAUUUAAAUGAGGAAGAAAGUUUAACAGCAAAUACAGAAUGUUGGAUUUGUAAUUAUAUUGUCUUUUUUUUGACACCAGCGUCAUAUGGAAUCAUAGUAUUUUGUGGAUAAAUAUUUUUGUUUGGCAAAAUUUUAACAAAAUUGACUUCAAGUCCAUAGAUCUAGUCAAAAAUAACUUCUUUAAUUAUACUAGCAAUAAGAGAUUGACCUUUCUGGUAUUUUUGUAUUUCGUAGUGAUAAGUUUCAUUCAGUUUUGCAGAGAUAUUUGCAGAAAGGUUGAUUGAAUUUUCUGAUCCAGAAACAGGAAGAAAAAUAAUUCUGGUUGUUUGCACUGUUGGCUGGUGGAUAAUUUUUAUAUAUGCGCGUAUAUAUAUAUAUAUAUAUAUAUAGAGUGAUUAAAAACUAAAGCUGAACACUGGACAAGUGUCCUAAAUAAAGGAACUGCUUUGCUGCAGGGACAUUUUGAUACUGUCAUAAAAAUGGUAGGUCGUAAAUGUCUUAAAAUAAUUCUUAUAAAUAGUCGUUUUAAAUUUCGCCUUUGUUGAUACAAUGCACUAAAAUGUAUUUUGAGAAGCUGUUUCUGUAAUAAAGUGGUUAGUUACAUAGUAUUAAAGUAACAGCCAUUGUUUUAAUUACUUGUG